AUGAAUCCUGCUCAUUUCCCCAAUCCUGGCGGGGCCAUGCCCGGUGUGGUGAAACCGGGGAUGCAGCCGCCGCCAAAGAACGAAAAUGCCCAGGUCAUUAUGAACCAUGUCGCUCAGGUGUUGUCGAGCCAGGGACCGUACGUGGGAUGGAAGACAGAGGUUCCUAUCAAAACUCGGGCGAUGAAUGUGUACCAGAUGAUCACCUCUCUUCGUUUGAUCCAACCUCGUAUCGAUCUCAACCAAGCUGCUCAAGCCGCGCUGAGCUUUGAGCACAAAGCAUUCCAAAAGGCCACCGAGAGGAAUGAUUACGAUAAAGAAUGCACGGAAAAACUCCUUCACAUCAAAGACACUCGCCAAAGACAAGCCGCGGUCGCGUACCAAAGUGGAAUCAUGCCCCAGGCGGGCGCGGUGCCGAAUCAAAUCCAGGGCGGUUUCCCACAACAGAUGAACCGGAACCUACAGACCUCACCCGUCCCUGGUCAGCCACAAAUGGCGAUGGGGAUGAAUGAUCCGAACCAGCAGGCAGCAAUGCAGCAGCGCCAACAACAGUCAAUCCUCCAACAACAACAACAACAACAACAACAACGGGCUCAACAACGCCCGGGAAAUGGCGUCCCGCUUCCUGAUGAUUUGAACACGCUCUCCGCCCAGGACCUCGACCAUGUUUCUCGGUUGGCGAGCUCGAUGUUGGCCAAAACCUCCCCGGAGGAUAUGGAAAAAAUUAAGAUGAAUCUGUCCAACAUGACACCAGAGCAGCGACAGUAUUUGGCCCGAAAGAACAUGGAGCCCAUGACCUACUUUUUCCGCUCCCAGGCUCUCAACCAGUUGAGGAGACACCGUCGCGCCAGAAUGGAAAUGGGAGGUGCACCUAACGCCGGAGUCGAGCCUAAUGGUACCAUGAUGGGAGAUCCCAUGAUGAACCCCCAGCAGCGUCAAGUGUUUCAGAACAUGAUGAACCUCCAGCGCAACUCGGCGUUUUCUGGGAACCCUGGCCAGAAUCUCGAAACCGCGUUCAUCGGUAAUGUGGAGAACAUUCAAGGUCAGCAAGCGGACGGGUUGCGUUCGCAAGAAGCUGGUCAGCUUGUGGUCCCUGCCAGCUCAUCGCAGAUGAACCAGCAGCCAUAUCCGAACGGUCAAAACAUGUUUCCGCAACAGAUGGGUCAGAACGGCCAGGCCAACAUGAAUGGCGCCGGCGUCAACCCCCAAAUGUUUAAUCAGCAGCACCUUCAGAGCGGCUCAAAUGUUCCCCAGGACCGAAUGCAGUUCCAGACUCAACAGUCUCAAGCUGCACAAGCUCAAGCACGUUCCCAGGCGGCUCAGAAGGCCCAGAUGGCGAUGUCGGGACAUGGUGGCCAGGUGAACCAGACACAGCCGCGGCUCACGCAGCAAAGCCCCGUCAUGCCUAUGCUUAAUCAACCAAUGGCUCCCGGUCAAAUGUCUCCCGCCCAAGUUCCAGGUACAAACCGACCUCCGUCCCGACCUCCGAAUAUUGGCCAACACCCGGCGGGUCUCCAGGGUGUUUCGCAGCCGGGAGUACCAGGGCGACCGCAGAUCCCUCAGGGUCUCCCGCAGUCGGUGCAGGAGCAACUCUCCCGGAUGUCAAAUGAGCAGCUGCAGGCUUUCCUGAUGAAUCAACGUCGUGCCGCGCUGGCGAACAAUAUGGCUCGAGCCAAUGCGGCGCAGCAGCCUGCAUCCAUGCAACAAAACCCUUCUCAACCCGGUCAAGGCCAAGCAAUGCUUAAUGGACAGAUGGCCAACAACCCCAGGCUGAGAAACUCCAUGAGUCUACCACAGGGCAUGACGGCAGGCGCACCGCCUCAGGGUCAGCCGCUCAACGGCCAGCAGUUGACUCCGCAGCAACGGCAGCAACGCCAGAAUGAGUUCUACAAACUCCAGCUCCUGCGGCAGCACAACAACGGGAUGGAGAUGACACCGGAGCAGGGAAGGGAUAUGGACCGCAUGGUCUUCCCGCCAUCCAUCUUGAACAGCAACCCGUCCUCGGUGCCUAAACACAUCAAGACUUGGGGUCAACUCAAACAAUGGGCUGCUCAGAACCCACAACUGUCGAAUGGCGUGGACUUGCCAAAGCUGAUGACACUUCAGAAACUUCAUCUUGCCCAGAUUCUCACUGCUCAAUCGAAAGCCAUCGGUGGUCAGGGUCCUGGUAUUUCUCUACCCACCGGGCCCCAGGGCCAAAUGGCGAACACGCAGGGCUUCCCAACUGGUCAACCCCAGCCUCCUGUCAAUAUGCCUGUGAUGCGACCGAUCACUGUCCAAGAUAUUCAAAUGGCUCGUCAGAAGCUGGGCCCUCAAUCACCUAAUUUUACCGAUGACCAGAUUCGCGAGAUCCUCCACCGAAACCGCCAAAAGCAUCUCAUGCAGGCAGCGCAGAACCGAGCAGCGCAUCUCGAUGGGAACCUGCAGCCCGCCCAGCAGAAUCAACCAGGGCCACAGCCGCCCGUUUCUGCGCCGCAGCCUGGCCCGCAAACUCAACCGGGAGCUCCUUCCCAAGAGCCGCAGUUGCCUGCUGGCCCUCAAGCCUCGAAUGCAAAGCCGCAAGUGGGUGCCGCCCCUAAGGGAGGCAAGGCUGCUCCUGGAAAACAAGCAUCGAAGAAGCGGCCUCAUGCAGACGAGACUGGAGAGACUCGAGCCACAACGACCCCUCAGCAGACGCAACCGACGGCUGUUCCCGGCGCUCCUACGACUGCUCCGCCCCGGCCAGCUCUCCCCUUCUCGCAGGAACAGCUUGCCGCGAUGAGUCCCCAGCAACGACAGGCCGUUGAGGCUCACAUACGGAAACAGCAGGGCCAGGCUCGUGGUCCCGUAAUUAGCAGGGCGGCUGCGGAGGAUGCCUGGAACAGGAACCUUCCGCCGCAGGUCAUGGAGGUGUACAAUGAUAUCUCAAAGAAUGCGCCGCUUGCGCAGCCUAUUCCUGUGUCUCCAGAGCAGAAGGCAGCCAUGGCACAGCAACUGCGGGAAGCCUUGGAUCUGCUUGGCCGCCUGGAUGUCUUGGUGCAGUGGUUUGCGAAGGUUCAGGGCCAGGAGAAGAAUGUCCGGAACCUGCUUGCGAUGCGCAUUCAACUGAUGCAACAAUUUAAGCCUUCGCCAGAGUGGAUUGUCAAGGAUCACUUCACUGUCUCCUCUGAUUACUUGAGCGGCGCCAUUCUUUUCAUCCGGAGGUUGUUCCAGCUGAUGAUCGGCCGUAUGAGUCAACAGCAGAACCAACGGCCCAAUGCUUCCCAGGCUCCAGUCCCUGCUGCACAGACCACGCAAGCAAGCAUGCCGGCGUUGAACGCCACCAAUCUCCAGCAGUUGCAGCAACAAGAAGAAGCCCUUCAACGGGCCCGACGUGCUUCUAGCCAGUCUGCCGCAGCAGUGGCACCUGCACCAUUUGGGGCACCGUCUCCGCAGGGUGUGCCGCAUGCGUAUGGUCCAGGUGGGCUUGCACCUGAGAUGCUGAAACUUCCUCCGCCCAAGAAGAGAAAGCAGUCACAUGCCGGCCCCGGUGCUUCUCCUAUGCAGGCCAGCGCUGCUCCGGCUAAUGCGGCCAGAUACAAGCAGGCAACGAACGAGGCGAAGGCUACGGCCGCAGCUCUGGCCGGUGCUUUCAAGUGUGGCGUUGUUGAGUGCCACCACCACUACCAGGGCUUCCCAACCCAGGCCGCGUUGGACCGACAUGUUGAAGAUAGUCACCAGCUGGAGGAAGAGAUUAUUGAGGAUCCCCUUCAAUACUAUCUUGACAGUAUCUCCAUUGGCCUGGGCUUGACAUCCGAUACCUCCACCACCAAACAGGCUGCUACGUCUGGCCCUGCGCCUAGCAAGCUGGGUCCUGUGGCCUCUCCUGCUAAACAGGGGAUGCCCACCCCUGCUACCACCAAUACACCCAUGGCUCGCGUUGCUAGCCAGCUCGGCACCAAGUCCGCGUCCCCAGCUGUGUCUGCGCAGCAGCUCACUCCCCGCCAACCGUCUAGCAAGGGUAUCCAGCCUUCUCCUAGCAAGGACGUCAAGAAGGAAACCGACAAAUCCGAGCUGCCCGGCAGCGAGGUUAAAGACCCCUGGGCAGACUGCCCUAUGUCCUUGGAGGUCCUCCACGACACCUUCUCCCCGAUCCUUGGACGUGACCCCACCUUCGAUCUCAUGGAUGAUUUCUUCAUGCAACAGACCGACCAGUUUUUCCAAGACCAAGGAAAAGACACUCCUGACUCAGUGGACCUUGCGUUGGCGACGAAGACCCCGGAGCAAGACUCCAAGGAAGCUGUUAUUGUGGAUGACUUCUUACUUCCCUGGGACGAAGACGCUGCUGCGGAAACAGCGGCCUGGAUGGCCAUCCCACCCGAAAUUCAGAAUAACUCUGAUGGCGAGAUCCACGGGGUGCGAGUGGACUGGGAUCUCCUCGAACGGCAGCAAAAGGAACUGAAUCUUGACUCCGGCGUUCCGGUUAUUCCCGCCCUGUGA